GUUCGAACCUCUCGUUUCUCUCUCUCUCGACAACGAGCUUUCCAAGUUAAAGCAACUUAUACCGCAUUCACACCGCAGUGUGUUUAUAUAGUGGGUGUGUGUGUGCGUGUAUCUGUGUGUAAAUACAUGUAUAUAUAUAUAUAUAUAUAUAUAGAAAAUAGUAUAAUCAAAAUUGUGCGAGACAAAAUGUUGGAACUAGUCGAGAGCGCCCUCAACAAUCCAAAAUUUUACUACGGUGGUUUGUUGGGAAUUGGUUUUUGCAUUUACUACCUUUGGGAAGUUGUAAAAAUGUUUUAUUUUAGACUCCCCUCUUUGUUUGUGCCAAUGGUCCAUUCAAAGAAUUUCUGGAAAAGCACAUGCCCAUCUUAGAGAGUAAAUUUUGGCCAACAUUGUGGUGUUUUGAAUCGAGGGCACAAACGGUUUUUGCCAGUAUUUUACGCUCGAGAAUGUUGCCACAGAUUCCGUAUCACAGGGAAAUUCUAAUACUCUCAGAUGGUGGUGAAGUGGCUUUGGAUUGGGCUGAGGAUAAUUGUUGUAACACAUCGCCAAUUAUAAUUAUUCUUCCGGGACUAACUGGUGCAAGCCAAGCAGAUUACAUUAAAUGCUUGGUAGCAGCGGCAAAAAAUGUGGGAAUAAAAUGUGUGAUCUUUAACAACAGAGGUCUCGGAGGAGUACAACUAAAAACACCAAGAUUAUAUUGUGCUGCAAAUAUCGAGGACUUUACCGAGGUUCUUGAACAUGUUAGAAAAACGCGUCCAAAUGUGGCUAUUGGUGCCACAGGUAUUUCUUUAGGAGGGUUAAUUUUAGGUAAUUAUUUAGCACAAACUGGUCCAGGAGCUGUUGGAAAAUUAAUGGCGAGUCUCGCAAUUUCCGUACCAUGGAAUGUUUUCGAAGCGACAAAAAGUAUAGAGAAGCCAUAUUUAAAUCUUAUGUUAAAUCGUCAUUUAUGUGGAAAUCUUUGUCGAAAUGUGUCUCGUCAUCAGUCGAUAAUUUGCGAGACGACCUUUGAGAAUUUCGACGUUGUUCUCAAGAGUCGAACAGUUCGAGAAUUCGACGAGAGUUUCACAUCGAAAGCAUUUGGAUUUAAAGAUGUCGAGGCUUAUUAUGCUAAAGCAACUCUACACGAUAAACUACAUAAUAUUCAAAUUCCUCUACUUUGUCUGAGCGCAGCUGAUGACCCUUUCCAACCUCUAGAAGCAAUUCCUUUAGAAGAAGUUAAAGAUACAAAACACGUGGCUAUGAUUGUUACAUCACGAGGUGGACAUAUUGGCUUUUUAGAAGGUGUUUGGCCUGUACAUAAGGAACGAGAGCAAUAUAUAGGAAAAGUUUUUUCACAAUUUUUCACAGCAGUUUUCACACACGGCCUUGAUGAUCCCGCCUUUUAUAGAUAGCCAAAAUAUUAAUAAAGAUUCGUUUUAUCAAAACACAAAGAAAUUCUUUGGAAAAUUAAAUGAAUUAUCAAUAAAUAACUUGACGAAACUAAUAUACACAUUUAGUUGAGAACAAAAAUUAAUAUUGUCGCUGGACUCGACAAUUUAAAAUGAAUUUUAUUCUAUUUUACGUAAAUUCAAAAUUUAAUUCUAAAAACCGAACAUAUUUGGAAUUAUAGACAAAUUUGCAACUAUAUCUUAUCGAUCAAAAAUUUCAAAGAAAAUCGUUAAUAGUCGUUUUUCCUUUUCCUAAACAUUAAAUAAAAAGUUGCAAAUUUUCACGAAAAUUAGGAAACUAAAUAAAUUCAGCUUAUAAAAGCGCUAAACGCUGCCAAAAAUUAGUUAAUUUUGUAUUGUUAUAUGAAUAUAUUUCAUUUUAUAGAAAACGCACUUUAUUUAUAUAAAAAAUUGUGUAAUAAAAAAUUAUUUUUCUGGACUGUGAUAAAAAUUUCCACGAAUUUCCACUGAGAAAAAUAUAUCGUUUCCACAAUAAAAUAUAAAAUCAAAAUAAGAAA